UAGUAGCAAAUUAAAAACAGGACUUAGCUCUGGUCAAUUACAUGGCUCUUCAUGUAUUCUUCCUUAUCGUCACCACCACCAUCGUUGCCACGACCGUCUCCGCCACUGAUCACAUUGUCGGAGCCAACAAAGGUUGGAAUCCCGGCAUCAACUACACCAUUUGGAGCAACAACCAAACCUUCUACGUUGGUGACUUUAUUUCAUUUAGGUAUCAAAAGGCACAACACAAUGUGUUACAAGUGGACAAAGUAGGAUACAAUAAUUGCACAAUAGAAGGUGCACUAGGGAAUUGGAGUAGUGGAAAAGACUUCAUUUUACUUGACAAGUCCAAGAGGUACUACUUCAUUUGUGGCAUUGGUGGAUGCUCUAAUGGCAUGAAGGUAUCUGUUCUUGUUCACUCUAUUUCACCUCCUCCUAGGUCAGACGUCGUCUCCGCGGUGCAUUCUUCCGAAAAAUCUGCUGCUCCGGUGACAUUUCGUGGUAAUUUUGGGUCGAUAUUGGUGUUCGUUGGAUUAUCAAUGACCAUAUGUAUGUUGCAGGAUUUAAUGAGUUUCGGCUAAAAAUGUUAAGUAGUUGGAUUUUGAAAUUGUUUGUUUAAGUCACUAGUACUAUUGUGUAAUUGUUACUUCGAAAUUUGUUUUCAGUUUGAAAUAUAUCUACUGUUAUUUUU